AUGGAUGCAUAUACGCUCAAGUCUGUGUCGGAUUUGCCAUCACAUUUCCGUUCAAUUUUUAGUUUCAGAUACUUCAACCCGCUACAGAGUGAAUGCUUCCCCGUUUGUUUCCAUUCUGAUGUCAACAUGGUCAUCUCUGCACCAACAGGGAGUGGUAAAACUGUUCUCUUUGAACUCUGUAUACUGAGGCUUCUCUCAAGGUUCAUAUCUGGGCAGAACUUUAUCCAUGUUAAGGGAACCCUUAAAACGGUCUAUAUUGCACCAUCGAAGGCUCUCGUACAGGAGAAGGUCCGGGACUGGAAUAACAAGUUUGGAACACUUGGAAUAGCUUGCUUGGAGCUGACAGGAGACAAUGAGUUUUAUGACUCCAGGACUAUACAAGAAGCAGAUAUUAUUCUGACCACCCCUGAGAAAUUUGAUGCUGUGACUCGAUACCGCAUAAAGAAUGGAGGCUUGAGCUUUUUCAGUGACAUAGCACUUCUACUUAUCGAUGAAGUUCACCUAUUGAAUGAUCCUCGUGGAGCAGCUUUGGAGGCAAUUGUUAGUAGAAUUAAAAUGCUUUCUAGUAAUCCUGAACUGAGACCAAGUCCUCUGUCCGCUAUCCGGCUUUUAGCUGUUUCAGCCACAGUUCCUAAUAUUGGCGACCUUGCUGAAUGGCUUAAUGUUCCUGUCAAAGGAAUCAAAAGAUUUGGAGAGGAAAUGAGACCUGUGAAGCUGACUACUAAAGUUUUUGGAUAUACCUCAGCAAAGAAUGAUUUUCUCUUUGAAAAGCGCCUUCAAAACUAUAUUUUUGAUACACUAAUGCAAUUCUCCAAAGGGAAGUCUGCAUUAAUCUUCUGUUCUACAAGAAAAGGAGCACAGGAAACAGCACAGCAACUUUCCCAAACAGUGAUGAAUUUCGGCUAUUCUAAUCCAUUCAUUAAAGACCAUGAACAGAAGGAAAGACUUAGAGAGGCUUCCAUGUCAUUCAGUGACAAACAGAUGCAAUCUUAUAUACUCUAUGGAAUUGGGUAUCACAAUGGCGGUCUCUGCAUGAAGGACCGCAAUCUGGUUGAAGGUCUCUUUCUUAAGGGUGAUAUUCAGGUUCUGUGCACCACAAAUACCCUUGCUCAUGGAGUCAACUUGCCAGCACAUACUGUAGUGAUAAAGUCGACUCAGCAUUAUAACAAAGAAAAAGGUCUCUACAUGGAGUACGAUCGAUCCACAGUACUACAGAUGUGUGGAAGAGCUGGUCGGCCACCAUUUGAUGAUACAGGGACGGUGAUAAUCAUGACGAAAAGAGAAACAGUCCAUCUGUAUGAAAAUCUCUUGAAUGGAUGUGAAUUGGUGGAAUCACAGUUGCUUCCAUGCGUGACAGAGCAUCUGACUGCAGAGAUAGUUCAGCUGACAGUUUCGGAUAUAGCACGUGCAAUUGAGUGGAUGAAAUGCUCCUACUUGUAUGUUAGAAUGAAAAAGAACCCAGAGAAUUAUGCUGUUAGCAGGGGCAUUAAUAGAGAAUCUAUUGAGAAGCAUAUCAAAGAUAUUUGUGUCCACAAAGUUCAGGAGUUAUCACGCUAUCAAAUGAUCUCAACAGAUCAUGAUGGCUUCAUUCUGAAACCACUAGAGCCUGGGCGGUUAAUGACCAAGUACUAUCUGAAAUUCGACACAAUGAAGCACAUUAUGCUGACUCCAGAUAACUGCAGUCUGGAAGAUGCACUAAAAGUCGUAUGCCGUGCUGAGGAAAUUUCUUGGAUACAACUCAGGCGCAAUGAGAAGAAGGUUUUGAAUGAUAUUAAUGCUGACAAAGGUGCUAGGCUUCGUUUUCAUGUGAAUGAUGAAAGAGGGAAAAGGAAGAAACGCAUUCAGUCCAAAGAAGAGAAGAUAUUUAUCUUGGCAAAUGACUGCUUGACUGGGGAUCCCGCAAUACGAGAUUUGUCCCUAUCCCAGGAUAUGAAUUCUGUUUGCACCAACGGAUGUAGAAUUGCGAAGUGCAUGAAAGAGUACUUCUUGUUCAAGAGAAAUUAUAAAGGAGCAGUGCAGACUAUCCUUCUGGCCAAAUCACUGUAUCAGAAACUUUGGGAUGACAGUCCCUACUUACUGAAGCAAUUGCCUGGUAUUGGAAUGGUCACGGCCAAGGCUCUUCAUUCCAUGGGUGUCAAAUCGUUUGAUGCACUAGCUGAAGCUGAUCCAAGGCGAAUUGAGAUAAUCACAUGUCGUAAGUUCCCAUUUGGGAACCACAUCAAGGAUUCUCUACUGUCACUGCCUCCCAAAGUCGAUAUGAGUAUAGAGGAAAUUGAUUGCCAAAGGCAAGGGAAGUCUAAAAUAAAAGUCACAUUGACCAGGUUAUCACAAUCUUCAGCAUUAUCCAAGCGACAUUUUGCUGAUAUGAUUGUUGGUGUGGAGGAAGAGAACCAAAUUCACUUUCACGAGAAAAUAAGAGUGGACGAAUUCUCCAGCCCUUACAGUGCUACAAUCCUCGUGUCGGCCAACCAACAGCAGAAGCUGACCAUCAAGGCUGAUUUCAUGUUCGAAGAGUAUCUUGGUCUCGAUUGCCAUCAGAAGCUUAUUCUGAUGAAGGAAAGCUGGACCACUAGUAAGAACCACAACAGACUGCCUCCAAACAAGCAGCCUCCCUAUGUUCCUCUGUCCAAGGAAGUCUGUGUGAUAGAAGUAGACGAUGAAAGCAUGUCUUCUAAUGCUGAAGCAGCUGAAGACAAUUCAAUGCCCAGUUUCAAGCUAAUAGAAGAAGAUAUCGAAGAUGAAGAUGAACCAGUCGUUGAAAUCCAGAACGACAAGUCCAACCACACCUUGUCAGGAAGAACAAUAUUCGACCACAUACGUGAAAAGGCCAAGAACUUUCCUAUCAUUAACACUUCAGAAGCCUUUCUUCUCCAAAGUGAAGAACAACAAAGGGGCCUUAACGAAACUGAACUCGAGCUCGGCAGAAGGCUGGAUGCUAAAGAACACUCUAUCAUGGAUCUUACCAUAGACCCCAGCUGGUUAGAACAAGAAGGUGAAGAUAUUAUUCUCAACAGCCAUAGUUCCGCCAUUGAAGGUGUAAGAAGUUUUGUCGAAGACAGGGAAGGUGCUAGCGGUGGUGGCAUUGCUCCCGAACCCGAGAAAGCUCUGUACGGGGAAGCAAUAUUCGAUCACAUAAGGAGGAAAGCUGAGGAGUUCCCGUUUCUGACUUCAACCCUGCGCUGGAUGAAUGAACCGUCUCUGGAACCGGUUUCUGAACCACCCGAGGUUGGACCGAGACCAGAAUGCUUCCGAAAGGGUGACGUUGUCAUUUCGGAUUCCCAUCCUGGAGGGCAGAAGGUAAAAGUGGACGCAUUCUCUCCAAGUCCCGGCAGGAAAUUUACCGGUCUGAGUCUGCCUUCGAAGAGUCUGCCAGUCUCUAAAGUAGAUCGUCCACCUCGUGGAGAAAUGUUAUCGUUUGAUAUUUCCAUGAUGAAGGGUAGCAAUAGCAACAGUGGGAGCAAGAGGAAAGAGCAGCAGAAGGAAUGGUCUCCGAGCAGUGGAUCGAAACGCCAGCGUUGUGGUCUGGCAAUGCCGGUGCAGACGGGACAAGCAGAUUCGUUCAUGGGGUUCCAGAGCGUGUUCUCAUUCCUGUGA